AUGCAGGUCGGACUCCCACUAGGCUCAUUCGCGGCCGCUGUUCUUGUCAUCAUCCCUCUACCCGCACACGUUAGAGCGCGAAACGUAGCAACCAUCGCCAUAAGCUUGUGGUUGUUCGCGGUGAACCUGGCGCAAGGAAUAAACACUCUUGCCUGGGCUGACAACGUCGAAGUCAAACAUGUCGUUUGGUGCGACAUAGCGACGCGCCUCUUCAUUGGAUCAAACAUUGCACUUCCAGCAGCAUGCCUUGCGCUAUGUAUGCAUCUGGAGCGCAUCGCGUCUGCACGAAUGGUUCAGAUCACCGAGGCAGAUAAACGUAGACGGAUGUUAAUAGACUCCGUACUCUGCUUCGGACUGCCUGCCGUCUACAUGGGCCUAUACUACGUUGUACAGGGCCACAGAUUCGACAUCAUUGAGAAUCUAGGCUGUAGACCGGAGACGUAUGUCUCCAUCCCCGAGUUUUUCCUCAUACGGUUUCCGCCUAUACUCCUGUCCCUUGCGACGCUCGUCUACGCAGCACUUACCUUCGCACAUUUCUUCCGUCGACGAGCAACGUUCGCGAAACACCUACAAAGCAAUUCAUCCGCGUUAACGCCUUCUCGCUACUUCCGCCUCAUGGCAAUGGCCCUCGUCGAGAUGUUCUGGGGUCUCCUUAUCACGGCCCUCAAUACCUGGUUCUCCUACCGCGACGGGCUGCGCCCGUGGAUCAGUUGGUCCAACACGCAUUCCGACUUCUCCCGUAUCGGCCAAUUCCCCACGGUUACGAUACCUCAGCAAACUCUCGUCAUGGCGUACUUCCUCUGGUGGGCUGUGCCCGUCUCAGCGUACCUAUUCUUCAUAUUCUUCGCGUUCGGUCAAGAUACCGCGCAAUCAUACAUCGCAUGUUGGGAGUGGAUCCGGCGCUUCCUUCCUCGGUGGAUGCGGCCACGACCGUCCAACGACAAAGUCAAAGUCCUCGCCUCUCUUCCUGUAUUCAGGUAUGCUCAGUCGUCACACACUGCGUCAGAUUACUCACAGUGGCCGUGUCCCUAG